UAUAGACACAGACAGGUAGAUAUGAGUAAAUUCACAGUUGUCCACUGACCUUCGUAACCCAAACUAAUUCGCGAUUCGUAUAGGUACAUCGGCUGCACAAACGACGCUCGAUCAUACUAUGUGAACUUAGUUUAAUCGGCUACUGCAAGCUAUAUAGGCGUGUGAAGUACGUGUUUUUAAAAAAUUCAGCCUCAAAAAAAAAAAGAAACACCGCGGUAAUAUUUCGAUUAUGUAAUCGUUGUUCGCGACAUUAAAUAUUUAACUCAUAAUUAAAAUGAUGUUAAUUAUGUGGAACGGUUUAAUCAAAGAUGUGACCGUAGAACCCUGUUUCUUUUUCUAUUUCACCGCCUACCUUAUCUUGGAUGUGGUCAAUACAAACUUAUACCUGCAGAAAUCAUGCCGAUUCAAUAUAACCUCAGAGCCAGACUUGAAUACAGAAUGCGACGACGAAAAACAAGGGGUCUUGUUCGCUUCGAAAGUAAACUCAGAGUAUCGUUUCGCGAUGCUGAUAAUAUGCGUAAUUUACACCAUAUUAUCGACUUGCUGGAGUGACGAAGCUGGCAGACGUCGACGACCUUUGAUCUACCUACCAAUAAUCGGACUCGCGCUGCAAUCUUUAUCCGGCUGCUUGCAUUCGUAUUUUUGGCAAUGGGAUCCACUGGCGGCUGCAUUAUCAGAACUGGGCUGCGAAAUAAUUAGCGGAGGAGUUGUGCUGAUGAUAACAUCGACCCAGAUUUACAUGUGCGAUGUAUCGAAUAUGGAAAAUCGUACCAUGAGAUUGGGUAUUUUAUUAGCUGUGAGGACUCUUUGCGAGCAAUUAGGUGGCGGAGGAGUUGGAUUUAUUCUUCGAGGUGUCGGUUUCUUUUAUUCGUAUUUGUUGUGUUUCGUGUUUUCCGCGAUCUCAUUAGUGUUAGCUUUGAUUUUUGUCAGAGAUGUAUCGGUUCCUGUCGAAAAGAAACAUAAUUUUUUUCAAUUUUUCAAUUUGAAUAGAGUCGUUGACAGCUUUAGAGUUGUUUUUAAAAAGAGUCUCGGUCGUCGUAGAAUUAUCGUCGCUUUAUUACUCGCUGUUUAUAUUAUAGUGUUCGCUACUACUCAAGGCGAGAAAACGGUGUUUUAUCUAUUUUUCAGGUAUAAAUUCCAUUGGGAUGAAAGACAGUUUAGCGUUUAUACGGUUUAUAAAAAUACUGGGAUCAUUUUGGGUACAAUUUUUUGUUCGGUGGUGCUAAGUAAGCAUUUCAAAAUACACGAUGGAGUUAUUGGGAUGUUUGCUGGAUUCUGGGAUACGGUAGCAGUGUUGGGGUAUUUAUUUGCCUAUCGUAAUUGGCACCUUUACGUAGUUCCUUUGUUUGAGGUGUUUCAUGGCACCGCUUUAUCAGUCUGUGUAUCAUUUUUUAGUAAAUAUUACGACAAUAGCGAAUUUGGAAGACUGUAUGCUGUCUUAUGUGUGUUUGGUUUAAUGAUCCCCGCUUGCCAUCCAGCUUAUAAUAUAAUUUUUCAAAACACCAUAGAUUUCUUUCCCGCCGCUUUCUUCAUCCUGAGUGCUUCAUUGGACGUCAUAAUUAUUAUUUUAUAUUGCAUAUCGUACUUGCUUUGUCAGGGAAUUGAGAAACAGAAACAGAAACAGGUUAAUGCUCCCAUAGAGAAACAUGAUGGCUAAUCAGCUUAUAAAAAUGCAAUGCAACUUGUAAUUAAAAAUGAUGACGUACAUAUAUUUUUUCCAGAUUAAUAUUUUUCAAUUUCUAUUCGAGUACCUAUUGCUGAUUUCAAAAUACGAAAAAAUGUCUCGAAACGAUUAAAUGAGUGCCGAAAAGUU